GCGCGGGUUGGGGGGUCCCCGGGGGCUGUGCGCGCAGUUGGGACGCGUUCGGGACGCUGGAGGCGCGGACGCAGGGCGGGGGUGGCCGGCAGCCACAGCCCCUUCCGAGAGCGACAUUCAAACUCGCGCCCGCGUCGCGCCGCCACCUGGGCAGUGCCGAGCGUCCCUGAGCGUCCGGAGCAGCGCGCGGCGACCGUUCGAACCUCCCCGGGGUGGUACCCCUGCCAGGCAGCGAUGCCAGGAUGCCCGUCUCUGCCUCCCUCCACCAAGACCGCAGCCAGCAGCGCCCCGUGAGCCUGAGCUCAACCUCGACCGCGUCGUCAGGCUCAUCCCGUGACAGCCGUGGUGCCAUGGAGGAGCCCAAUGGAACUGAGGCCCCUGCCGAGAAUGGAGCAGGCUCCCCAUGUGGCCGGCAGGCCCCCAACAGCAACAACAACUCAAGCAGCUGGCUGGCUGGGAAGGGGCCCCGCUCCCCAUUUGGUGGUCGCGCCUCCUCGGCAGGGCCGGCCCACCACAAGCUCAGCUACCUGGGCCGGGUGGUGCGGGAGAUCGUGGAGACAGAGCGCAUGUAUGUGCAGGACCUGCGUAGCAUCGUGGAGGACUACCUCUUGGAGAUCAUCGACACGCCAGGGCUGCUGAAGCCCGAACAGGUCAGCGCCCUCUUUGGCAACAUCGAAAGCAUCUAUGCACUGAACAGCCAGCUCCUCAGAGACCUGGAUAGCUGUAACAGUGACCCUGUGGCCGUGGCCAGCUGCUUUGUGGAAAGGAGCCAAGAGUUUGAUAUCUACACCCAGUAUUGCAACAACUACCCCAACUCGGUGGCUGCCCUGACGGAGUGCAUGCGGGACAAGCAGCAGGCCAAGUUCUUCCGGGAGCGACAGGCCCUGUUGCAGCACUCGCUGCCCUUGGGCUCCUACCUACUGAAGCCAGUGCAGCGCAUUCUCAAGUACCACCUGCUGCUCCAGGAGAUCGCCAAACACUUUGACGACGAGGAGGAUGGCUUCGAGGUGGUGGAGGAUGCCAUCGACACCAUGACCUGUGUGGCCUGGUACAUCAACGACAUGAAGAGGAGGCAUGAGCAUGCUGUCCGCUUACAGGAGAUCCAGUCACUGCUUAUCAACUGGAAGGGGCCGGACCUGACCACAUACGGAGAGCUGGUCCUGGAGGGCACAUUCCGCGUGCACCGCGUGCGCAAUGAGAGGACUUUCUUCCUGUUUGACAAGACGCUGCUCAUCACCAAGAAGCGGGGUGACCACUUUGUCUACAAGGGUCACAUCCCAUGCUCCUCGCUGAUGCUCAUCGAGAGCACCAGAGACUCCCUGUGCUUCACCGUCACCCACUACAAGCACAGCAAGCAGCAGUACAGCAUCCAGGCCAAGACAGUGGAGGAGAAGCGGAACUGGACCCACCACAUCAAGAGGCUCAUCCUGGAGAAUCACCAUGCCACCAUUCCUCAGAAGGCCAAGGAAGCCAUCUUGGAAAUGGACUCCUACUAUCCCAAUCGGUACCGUUACAGCCCAGAGCGGCUGAAGAAGGCUUGGUCGUCCCAGGAUGAGGUCUCCACCCACCCUGUGCGCCAGGGGCGCCGGCAGUCUGAGCCUGGUCAUCCCGUGUGCGUCCCGGCUGCACUUGCCAGUGGGCAGCGAGGCUUCGGGCUGCCAGGCCUUCACGGCCGUAGAAAGUCGGAGCCCACCAAACACCUGCUGAGGCAGUUGAAUGAGAAAGCAGCCAGAGCAGCAGGAAUGAAGCACGCAGGCAGCGCUGGUGCCCUCCUGGACUGUGGGCAGCCUCCAUGCCCCCGGGGCCUACAGCUGGAGGAGGAGGCUGAGGGGGCUGCCGAGGAGGAACAGGAGGAAGAGGAGGAGGAGGAGGAGGUGGUGGAGGAGGAGGAACAGGCCUUUCCGGUCUCUCUGGAGGACCUGGCAGGGCACCAAGAAGGCAGCGAGAAGGGGGCCGGGCCGGAGCCCCCAGGCUCGGAGGAGGAGGAGGAGGAGGAAGAGAGUCUGGCAGUGGCGGAGCAGGUAGCCGACUUCGCCAGCUCCCUGCUGGCCGCCCUCCACUGCUGGCACUAUCGGGCCAACGCUUUACUUUUCUCCCGGGGCGCUAUGGGCAAGGGGCGCAGGGAGUCUGAAGAUCAUAAGAACUGCAGAAGACCCAGCAGCCAGUCACCAAGCAGUGCUGAGAAGCGCAUGAGCUUUGAGUCCACGUCCUCCCUGCCAGAGGGCGAGCCGUCAGACCCUGAGCCUGGGGCUGAGCCGGAGGAGGAGGUGUUCACAACCACGGUGGGCCCUGGCCCCGAGGAGAUGCCACCCGAGGCCGAGGCUCCAGAAUCUCUGGAGAUGCAGCUUGAUGCCCACGAAGGGCCGCCACAGCUGGAUCCCACUGUGGACACAGAGGAAUUCCCCAUGGCCGAGAGCCCUGAAGAGCUGAAGGCCCUGAGCAGUGAGGAGGAGGAAGAAGAGGAGGAGGAAGAAAUGGGUCCCGUGCAGGAGCCUGAGAGCCUCCUGCCUCCCUCCGUCCUAGACCAGGCCAGUGUCAUCGCCGAGCGGUUUGCGAGCAGCUUCUCACGGCGGAGCAGCCUGGCGCUGGAGGACGGCAAGUCCAGCGGCUUGGGGACGCCACCUCGGCUGGCCAGCCGGAGCAGCAGCAUGCUCAGCCUGGAGGGUAGUGAGAAGGGCCUAGCCCGGCGGGGCAGCAGCACCACGGACUCCUCCCAGGGCUCUCAGCCCCUGCCUGACGUGGACGGUAGCAUGGCCGUGGCCAUGGAUGGUGGACCAUCCGUAAAUGUGAACGGGACCGAGCCCACCAACCACGUCUGCCCCACCGAGCCCGACAGGGCUUCCUGCAAGAAGAAAGAGUCGCUGCUGUCCACACGGGACCGGCUGGUGCUGGACAAGAUCAAGAACUACUAUGAGAACGCUGAACACCAUGACGCCGGCUUCAGCGUCCGGCGCCGCGAGAGCCUGUCCUACAUCCCCAAGGGCCUGGUGCGCAACUCCGUCUCCAGGUUCAACAGCCUUCCGCGGCCAGACCUGGAGCCGUUGGUGGCACCGGCGGGCUGCAGGCGCCAGGCAGGCUCUCGGCCGGCCUCGUGGGCCCUGUUUGAUCUCCCAGGACCAGGCCAGGCGGGUGCAGGCGAGCCAGCUCCCAUCACAGAGGCCGAGUUCCGUCCGUCUUCAGAAAUGGUGAAGAUGUGGGAGAUGAUGGAGGAGGAUAAGGAGGCUCCCGAGGGAGGCCCGAGGGAGGGACGGGGCCCGCGCCAGGCCAAUGGCUUGGACCUGCAGGAGCCGCUCUUCAUCCUGGAGGAGCACGAGUUGGGGGCCAUCACGGAGGAGUCAGCCACAGCCUCGCCCGAGAGCGCCUCCCCAACCGAGCGACCCAGCGCGGCCCACCUGGCCCGUGAGCUCAAAGAGCUGGUGAAGGAGCUGAGUGGCAGUGCCCCCGGGGAGCUGGUCACCCCCUUGCACCCCCGCAUCAUGCAGCUGUCCCAUGUGAUGGACAGCCACAUGAGCCAGCGUGUCAAGAACAAGGUCUACCAGCUGGCACGCCAGUACAGCCUCCGCAUCAAGAACAAGUCAGCCAGGCCACCUCUGCCGUGGGAAAGGGGCUCACCGGUCACGGCCCUCGAAGACGGGAAAUGCCUGCAGGAGACAGCUGGAGAGCCACCUGGUGGCAAAGGUAGGAGGAAGCCGCCACUGUCACUGCUCAGCCCAGAGCAGCUGAGCAUCGCUGAACACAGAGACCCCAAGGCCUCCCCGGCUGGGGAUGUGUCGCCACGGCAGCUGUCCUUCAGCCCUUCCGCUGUCAGCCCCAGGACCACCUCGCCAGGCGUCCGGCCCAGCACCCGGAGCCCCCUCAGCCCCUUCGACACAGAGACCUUCCACUGGCCAGACGUCCGGCAACUCUGUUCCAAGUAUGCAUCCCACGAUGAGGCUGUCCAGGGCCAGGGCAGCCGAGCCCGCGGCCCACCUGUCAAUCGGAGCCGCUCAGUGCCCGAGAACAUGUUGGAGCCCCCACUGUCGGGCAGGGUGGGCCGCUGCUGCAGCCUGAGCACUGAGCCCCCAGAGAAUGAGGCCCUGUAUGUCACUGCGGAUGUCACCCUGGACAACCAUCAGCGGGUGAUUGUCAUGGAGAAGGGGCCCCUCCCCAGCCCCACUGCAGGGCUGGAGGAGGAGGGUGGUGAGGAUGGUGGGCAGGGCACAGAGACUACACAGUAUCCCCUGAAGGAAGAGCGGCCCAGGGACUUGGCCGACGCCAGCCAGCGGGGCCGCGUCAGAAACCUGAGGCACAAGUUCCAGGCCUUGAACUCCAUAGGUUGACUGUGAUGUCCCCCUGAGGCUGGAGGACUCACCUGCCACCUGUGCCAGGGGCUGGUGUGUCACCCUGCUCUUGUAAAUAGUCCCUCCCUUGGUAUAAGAAACCAAAUAUUUAAGCUUACCUCUUCCCAGCCAGUAUCCGGAGACUCGGGGGCAGGGGCCUGGUUCUGUAACACUCUGUCGUCUUAGACUCCAGGCAGCAACGAAGCCAAUAAUUUAUUGCUUUCUUUCCUGUGGUGCAUGAGUCCUUGUGUGCGUGUGUGUGUGUGUGUGUGUGCAAGUGGGCAAAUGUGUCCCCCAUGUGUAGUCUCCUCCCGCAUGUCGGGCCCGCUGCGGUACUUUGAGGGUUGUCACUCCUGUAUACACAUUUCAUUAUUUGCCAACAGUGCAAUAACUACUGCUGACCAA